UCGAUAAGGACCAAGCCGGCAGCGCAUCAGACCAGACCCUUGAUCUAUCGGAACCGUGGGUGCUCGGUUUUGAGUUCAGUCGGCCGGAAACGUACUUCUCGCAUGGGUGACACAUGCCUGACGCGGGAUGUGUAUCGUCAUCCAGACCGGCAGCAGAGACCUAAGCAUCCGUUCAGCAAAAUCCACGACAUCUACGCCCUCGGCGUUGUUCUUCUCGAGAUCGGUUCGUGAAACCAUUGGCACUCGCCCCUCCUCUUGCGCACUGGCUGACCGAUCACCCAUCCCCCUUGCAGGGCUCUGGCAACCAGCGCUGAGUCUCGACAAAGACGGGUUUGCCAAAGCGCAAAGUCCGCAGAGCAUCAAGAAACACCUCUUGCGCCAUGCCGAAAAGCGGCUGGGCGCCAAAAUGGGCACAAAGUACCGAGACGUGGUGGUAAAGUGCUUGACUGGUGAUUUCCAUGUCCAGAACGACAACAAGGAGGACCUGAAGCUGCAGCAGGCAUUUCGAUCACAGGUGGUGAACGUGCUGCAGCGCGCAGCAGAAAGCAUCUAGGCAGUGCUUCGAGCAGGCAUUUGGGUUUUUGUGUGGUUCUUUCUUUUUUAGGUCGCGUUCUGUAGGCAGCAGUGGUCCGAGUCGUGGGAGGACAGAAAUGGCAAUCGAUAGUACGG